AUGGAGCUGCUCACCAACGCGCCGCUGCCGCGCGCCGUGCCGGACAAGUACGUCUUCCCCCCGGAGAAGCGCCCCGGCAACAACCUCCAGCUCCUCGACCCCUCCAUCGCCCUACCCGUCGUCGACCUCCGCGGCGGCCGCGACCUCACCGACGCCGACCGCCGCCGCGUCGUCCGCGACAUCAUCGAUGCCGGCAAGGAGUUCGGCUUCUUUCAGGUGGUCAACCACGGCGUCGAGGAUGGGGCGGUGCGCGCGUUCCGCGACGCGGCGGCGGAGUUCUUCGCGCUGCGGCCGGAGGAGAAGCUGCCCUACUACUCCGACGACCAGAGCAGGCCCUUCCGCGUCGCCUCCAGCACCACCUACGACAAGAGCGAGACGCGGUACUGGCGCGACUACCUCAAGCUCCAGUGCUUCCCCGUCGACAAGUUCGUGCACCAGUGGCCGCCAAAGCCGGACCAGUUCAGGGACUGUCUCGGCGAGUACAUCGUCCAGGUGCAGCAUCUCGCCGCGACGCUCCUCGAGCUCAUCGCCGAGGGCCUCGGCCUCGACGCCGGUUUCUUCCGCGGCGAGCUGAGCGGCGGCGACACGCAGAUGAAUGUGAACUACUACCCGCCGUGCCCGGACCCGAGCCUGACCCUGGGCCUCCUCCCGCACUGCGACCGCCACCUCCUGACGGUGCUCUCGCAGGGCGACGUCAGCGGGCUGCAGGCCAAGUACGGGGGCGGAUGGAUCGCCGUGCAGCCCAUCCCCGGCGCUUUCGUCAUCAACUUCGGGCACCAGAUGGAGAUCGCCACCAACGGGCUGCUGCGGAGCGUGGAGCACCGCGCGGUGACGAACGCGGCGAAGGCGAGGAUGUCGGUGGCGACGCUGAUCAUGCCGGCGACGGAGUGUUUGAUCGCGCCGGCACCGGAACUGGUGGGCGAGGAGGACAAUAACCCGGCCAAGUACAGGGCCUUCCGCUUCAGUGAGUUCAUAGAGGCAUACGACGCCGCCGCCGCCAGCAGGGACAGCGUGCUGGACUACUUCAAGAUCUGA